AUGGCUGACUCAUCCGCCGCCGCCUCUUCAACGGGUGCUGUGCCUGGCGAGACGCCCACGCAGACCAAGGCGCGGCUGCGGCGCGAACGUCUUGCUGCAAAGAGCGGAGCUAGUCGUCUGCAACAGAUAUCAGCGUUGCAAGGAGGCCCGCCCAAGGCCCUUAGUGAGAUAGAGAAAGAUGUGCCGGACGAGAUCGACAUCUCACAGCAUCACUUCCAGCCCACCUCUCAAGCCCGCCUCCCUUCACCCUUUGCAUUUGAUGGCAACCAGUCUGGCGCCUUUCCAGGCAUGCAAGUCCCAGAGGGCUCCGAAGAUCCCAUGAUGGCCAUGCUGCAGCAAAUGAUGGGCGGUGGAGGAGGAAUGCCUGGCAUGCCCGGUGCUCCAGGACAGCAAGGCGGUGCACCCCCGGGUCUGCCACCGCAUCUCGCCAACAUGUUCUCUGCCAUGCAGGGUGGUCCAGCUGCCGAGCCGUCACCGGAGCAAUCGUCUGCCUGGAUCUGGAGGCUUGUGCAUUCCCUGUUUUCGCUUGUGCUCGCAAUCUACAUUGUCCUACAGACACCUUUUACUGGCUCCAAGAUGGCACGACAUUCGCUUCAUGACGAUGACUGGACUGUUCAGCCUACACCUGUUCAGAGUUUUGCCCGCUUCUUCUACUUCUUCGCGACCUUCGAAGUCGUCAUGCAGUCUUCGAGAUUCUUUAUCGAAAAGGGCCAGUUACAGGGAAGCGGCAUGCUCAGUACUGUUGCGGGCAUACUGCCACCACCUUAUGGAGGCUACGUGCGGACCGUCGGCCGGUACAGCGUCAUCUGGAGCACCGUCGUGAGCGAUGCCAUGGUCGUCGUCUUCGUGCUUGGCGCUACUAGCUGGUGGAAAGGUGGUGCUGUUGCAUGA